AUGGAUGCCCUGGGAGAUGGGAACCACACUGAAGUGAUAGGGUUCAUUUUAUUGGGCUUGACUGACGACCCAGUCCUUCAAGUCAUCCUCUUCAUUAUCGUCGUAUGUCUCUACCUGGUGACCAUAUCUGGCAAUCUCAGCACAAUCAUUCUUAUCAGAAUCUCUUCUCAGCUCCAUCAUCCUAUGUAUUUUUUUCUGAGCCACUUGGCUUUUGCUGACAUGGGCUUAUCAUCUUCUGUCACACCCAAUAUGCUUGUAAACUUCUUGGUGGAGACAAAUACCAUGUCCUAUCUUGAAUGUGCCGUCCAGCUUGGUUCAGUCAUUUUCUUUGGGACGGUCGAGUGCUUCCUGCUGGCUGCCAUGACAUAUGAUCGCUUUGUGGCAAUCUGCUGGCCACUGCUUUAUUCCACCAAAAUGUCCACACAAGUCUGUGUCCAAUUACUCAUAGUGACUUAUGUAGGUGGUUUUGUCAAUUCUUGCUCUUUUACUAUUUGCUUCUAUUCUUUAUUCUUCUGUGGCCCAAAUCGAGUCAAUCAUUUUUUCUGUGAUUUUGCUCCUUUAGUUGAACUCUCCUGUUCUGAUAUCAGUACCCCCGCAGUUGUCCCCUCAUUUACUUCUGGCUCCAUCAUCGUGGUCACAGUGUUCGUAAUAGCCGUCUCCUACAUCUACAUCCUCAUCACCAUCCUGAAGAUACGCUCCACUGAGGGGUACCACAAGACCUUCUCCACCUGUGCCUCGCACCUCACAGCGGUCACUCUGUACUAUGGGACCAUCACAUUCAUUUAUGUGGUGCCCAAGUCCAGCUACUCAACUGACCAGAACAAGGUGGUGUCUGUGUUCUACAUGGUGGUGAUCCCCAUGUUGAACCCCCUCAUCUACAGCCGCAGGAACAAGGAGAUUAAGGGGGCUCUGAAGAGAGGGCUUUCUAGAAAUCAUUUUCUUAACUAA